UCUUCUCAGUGUAUUCUCUUUAACACUCGCGAAUUUCCUCGAGCGGAAUCCGCAAGUUUAAAAGAGAGAAAAAGCAGUCGACAAGCACGUGUCAAUUUGAAUAUUACAUAACAUAACACACACAGCAUAGUUCAAGCUAUGUUAUUAUUGUGUGUUUGAGUUAAGUGUCUUAUACGCUUGUCUUCUAGAGUUUCGUGUGAUGUCUCGCAUUCGUCGAUAGUCUUUCUCAUAUCGUGAAAUAUAUAACGAAUAUAUGUAUCGACGAAUAUAUAUAUAUAUUAAAGUUUCAUAGUAAAAAUUUAGAGAAAACGUAUGUCUAAAAAAGAAGAAGAUAGUUUGUCAUAGAAGUCAUGAAAAAAAUUCCAGAAUACGUUUAUCCAAACAUGGAUGCGGAAAUCGUGCAUGUGAAACAAGGAAAACUGUCAGGAAUGAUUAAAGGCAAUGCCUUCGGUUGCGUGUAUAAAGCUUACCUAGGUAUACCUUAUGCGGCUCCACCAAUCGGUAAAUUAAGGUUCAAGGAUCCCGAGCCACCCGCGUGCUGGACAGGUGUCCGAUAUGCUAAAAACAUGCGAUACAACAUGAGCGCACAAUUGGAGAAAUUUUCAGAGACAAUUGUGAUAGGCAGUGAGGAUUGCCUUUAUCUCAAUGUUUAUGUACCGUAUGAUUUGAAUAAAAGCAGCGCGCAGAAAUCAGUUAUGGUUUGGAUACAUGGUGGAUUUUUCCUUCGUGGGAACGGCAAUAUCGAGGAUACACGGCCUGAUUACUUUAUGAACAAAGACGUUAUUAUGGUUUCCAUAAACUAUAGACUUGGAGUUCUCGGUUUUUUAAAUCUUGAGGACGAGGAGACCACCGGAAAUCAAGGAUUAAAGGACCAGGUUGCUGCGUUAAAAUGGAUCAAAGAGAAUAUCAAAUCCUUCGGUGGGGAUCCGGAUAACAUCACCGUAUUCGGCUGCGGCACGGGUGCGAUAUCGGCGCACUUGCUAAUGAUAUCGCCGUUGUCUAAAGAUCUCUUUCACAAGGCGAUUCUUCAGAGUGGUGUUGCUCUUUGCCCAUGGGCGAUACGAAAGCAGCAACCGGAAGCUUUUAAACUCGCUCUCUUACUUGGCUGCAAAUCCACGAAUCCCAAAGAAAUCGCGGAGUUCCUUCGUAAAUGUCCCUAUGAGAUACUCGUCCGAAUGGAGUUUAAUGUCGUCACUCAGAAAACUUUUGGCUCACCCUGUAUGUCGAGUCAUUUUAAUGCUGCGUUCAAUACGUGCACUCCGUUCAUUCUUCCUAAAGCAUCUCAAGCAAUAAAUGUUGUGAAUAAUAAAGCACAAAAAGGCAACUUGCAGGAGAGACACAUCAAGAAAAUCAUAUUUGGGCCUACAAUCGAUAAAAAGUCACGGAAUUCUUUUCUUCCGACUUGCGUCACAGACUUGUUUGACAAUCGUAUACCGAUAUUGCUCGGUCAUACAUCUCAUGAAUAUCUUGGAUAUCUCACAGAUUUCAGUCAGGAAAGUUUGGACGAAAUGUAUGCAGAUUUGCCGCUUUAUAUGGAAAAUAUUGUGAACAAUGACUCGGAUGAUGCAACAGUAAAAAUAAAGCAAAUUGAAACGUACUACAUGAGGGGUAUGCAGUUCAGUAGACGUAAUCUCAAUCAAAUUAUACGCUUCAUGAGUGACCUUUAUUAUGGUAUUCCUAUUAGAAGUGUUGCGUAUUUACGAUCGUUACAGACAAAUGUGAAAACUUAUCUUUAUUACUUCGAGUACAAUGGUACAGAGGCGAAAUUAAUUCCGCGCCCUAAUCAGCAUUUCGAAGGAGUUUCUCACGAGGACGAAUUGAUAUAUUUGUUUUACUUACCACGUUACAAAACUCAUAAUAAUAUCGCACCGCCGAAUAUAUUUUCGCGGGAUCAUAAUAUGAUAAAUAUGAUAACGUCUAUGUGGAGCGGCUUUGCAAAGUUUGGACAUCCUAAUAUCAUAUACAAGAAUUUAUGUACUAAUUGGGUACCAGUAGAAAAAAAUGGACUACACUAUUUUUGCUUCGGCGAUAAUCAUAGUAAGUUGUUUAACCAAACAAAAAUUCUAUUAAAGAAUGAUUAAAGGAUCUCCCCAUUAAAAGUUGAUAUGAAAUUAAUAUUUGUAAAUUUCCGUAAGUUACAAAAGUCUUAAUAGUGAACGACAAAACUUUUACAUGGAUUAUAACUUAAUGUAUAUUUGAUUGUAUAUUUAAUGAUUGUACUCCUUUACGCGAUAUAUAUAUAUAUAUAUAUAUAUAUAUAUAUAUAUAUAUGUUAAUGUUAUAAUAAUAUAUGUUAUAUAAUAUAUAUUAUAAUAAUAUAUGUUACUACACUGAUACGGAUACUUCAAUAAAACAUGGUGGUAUCGUCUUUUUCUAUAUAAGUAACUUGCAUUGGUAACACGAACGUUGUUUGUCCGUUUCGUCUUUCGCCAGCGCGAGGCUAAAGAAAUUUCGCACGAUUCUUGCAAUUACGAGUGUCUCUCUAAGGCUCACAUUAAUGGUCGUUACUUGAAACUAGUCCCACGUAAAAUAUUCAAGUCUGAAUUCGUAUCAGUAGUAAUUUAACUCAUCAAACUCAUCAAAAUAUCUCACAGGAAACAAGUUUCAGAUGACAACUAUUAACACAGACUUUACAGUUAGAUAUUUUUUAGCUGAGUCGCGAUUAUAAAUAUAAUUGCGCACGUAAAUGCCGCAUGUGUUAUAUGAUUCCAACGGAAAAUUGAUAUUUAACCUUAGAGUCAGAUCUGAGCAUAUCACGUGAGACAAAUUUCAAACAAGGACUAUUAGCCUGAUCUACCAUAUACUCUUUGCUUCCUGCUUCUUUCUCUUUAUCUCUUUCUGAAUCUCUUUCUUAAAUCUUAAGCUUUAAGCCAGAAAAAGACAGAAGACAAAAAACAGAACGCAAAGAGCAUAUUGUAGAUUAAGCUUUAAUGCAGACCUAAAGCUCGUAUUAAUAGAUGUUAUCUGAAACUUGACUCAUGUGAGAUACUCAAAUUUUUAUUCAGAGUUAGAUCCAAGUUUUUUUUAGUUUUAGUUAAUUAUAACAUAUGUAACAUUUAUAUCAAUAAUCACGAUUCAACUAAAGAAACUCUCAUUCAACCCUGAAUUUAAAUCCAAGUGUCUCACUUGAGAUGAAUUUCAAGUAAUAACAAGGCCUCUAAUAAAGACAUUCUUUUGUGAUUCGCAAAAUUUAUUAGAAGAAUUCUGGAUUCCUAACGCGUAAUUUCAUUGCCACUAUCUGCCGCGAAUUUGCGCGACACGUCAUCGCGAGAUUUGGCGCAAUUGCACGCUCGCAAGAACAAGAUGACGACGAGAAGUCAACAUUGACGCCUUCACGCGCCGACGCGAACGUGUCAGACGGUGUAUCGCAUGUACAUCUUGCGAACUCGUUGCUGGUUGCGAUGCAAGAAAUUGCACUUGACGCGCGAAUUAACCCGAGUGUACAUGACGCGAAUGACGGAGUGCGACUUAAUUGCUCAACGAGUCGUAUUAUGCAAAUGACGCGUCACUUGGCCGGUUAAUCUGCUGAAUGCGAUUCCGGCAGUUCGACAAGCGCGAACCGUUACAUGUGUCAUUGCGGACGCGAAAGCUCUGUCUCGCGGAGGGGGAAGCCUAUUUUGCGAGCUAUUUUUACGAAAAAUGCGAUUCCCGACGACGUCAACGUCAUAACCGCCUUUUUACGGACGAACCUAUCGGAAGAGUCGACGUUUGAUCUGAAGAAAAGCCCCUAAAUUUUCUGCGCAACGUCAGCGCUUCUUAACCGUGACUAUCUAAUUUGAAUAAAGCAUUAGUUAUUCAACAUUCAGAUAAACGUUCGACGCCAUCGCGCCAUUGUCGUAGCGAAACUUUGUUGUGAAGCGGUUUUGCAACUACAUCAUUAAACGAUUUAUGUAUUCCGAUGAAAAGACGGAGAUUUACACUCGACCUUUACCUCCACGGUUCAUAAAUUCGCUGCGCGUCCUCCUUGAAGCGAACACGCGUGUAACAUAUAAUGUUACGUUCUGAGAAGACUUGGCGAAGGAUUUGUCUCUUGCGCCGCUUAGGAUUUUCGGCAUUCAUCUACGCAAGGUCGAGACGAUGAAAAUCGAAGAUUUUACGAUAGCGUAAAGUAUUUUUAUGCCCUUAAACCUUACCUUUUAAAUAAAAAAAGAACGCAAAAAAGACUUGCAAACGAGAUUUAA